AUGGCCGCCGCGCCUGGAGCGGCGGCCGCGGCACCGGCACCGGCACCGGCACCGGGCCGCGGGCACCGAGACACCGGGGACCGAGACACCGGGGACCGAGCCGCCGGGACCGAGCCGCGGGCACCGAGACACCGGGGACCGAGCCGCGGGCACCGAGACACCGGGGACCGAGCCGCCGGGAACCGAGACACCGGGGACCGAGCCGCCGGGGACCGAGCCGCCGGGCACCGAGCCCCCGGAGCGCGGGUCGCGGAGCCGGUUGCCGAGCACUCUGGUGACGCCCUCAGCCGCGGCCAAACUCAGCCCUUGCUGCUUUCGCUUCCCCCGAGCUGCGGUUCUAGAGUCAAAGUCUGUGUCAGUAAUUCCGGAGCGGACGGGAGCGGGCAGCCCUCGGCCCAGCUCUGCAACGCCGCGUCCGACACCGACCCGUGCGCUCCAUGGACAGGGAUGAGGGAUGCUUCGGUCACUUCCCCGCCUGUCCGACUGCCAAAGGUGUCGCGGCUAAUAGGGACCAGGAUUUUUUACAAAGAAAGACAUUGCAGUUUUGCACAGUAAUGUAAAGUAAGACAUUACUUUAUGUAUAAAGUAUAAGAAGGAUACACUAUAUCCUUCUUAGUUUAGGUUUGAAUACAUUCUUACCUGAUUUCCUAUCAAUUAUCUGUCCCAGGGGCUAUACAACAAGCUAAAGCAGACACUGAUACAACGAAAUGGGAAACCCAGAAAGGCAAGAGCAAAACAGUAAUGUGUUAAAUAAAGUAUUUAAUGAAAUAUCAGUAUCUUAUCUUUAUUGUUACUUAAAGGACAAAAAACUCUGUAAGAGUUUAACAGAAUACUAUUGCUUCAAGAAUCACUUUUGAUGUGUGACAUCUUGUAAAGAGAUUUUAAAAUGUUUCAAAAGUUUCAAAAAUUAAAAGUUGGAAGCAUCACAAGUAUAUUUAGGGAAAAAAGGGCAAAUAAAAUCUGUCAUUGAAAUCUU